CACAAACAACGCGCCACCGCACACACACACCGAUGCUUACCAUGUCGCGCGCCCCGCUCCUCCUCGCCCUGCUCCUCCUCUGCGCCGCCGGCGCGGCCGCGCCCCUGCCCAGGUUCAGGGAGGCGCCGCACUUCACCAACUCCGCCUCCGCGCGCUGCCCGGCGCCGCUCCCGCCCGCGUCCGGCAAAGACGGCGCGGACGCGGACGCCGCAUGCUCGCCGCGAGCCGCCGUGCACGUGGCGAUGACGCUGGACGCGUCCUACCUGCGGGGCACCAUGGCCGCGGUGCUCUCCGUCCUGCGCCACGCCUCCUGCCCGGAGUCCGUCUACUUCCACUUCCUCACCUCCGCCGGAUCACCCUCCCGGACGGAGGAUCUCGUGGCCGCCGUGCGCGCGUCGUUCCCGUCGCUGGCGUUCCGUGCGUACCCGUUCGACGAGUCGCGCGUGGCGGGCCGCAUCUCGGCGUCCGUCCGGGGCGCGCUCGACCGGCCGCUCAACUACGCGCGCUCCUACCUGGCCAGCACGCUCCCCGCCUGCGUGCGCCGCGUCGUGUACCUCGACUCCGACGUCGUCCUCACCGAUGACGUCGCCGCGCUCGCCGCCACGCCGCUCCCGGAGGGCGCGGCGGUGGCGGCGCCCGAGUACUGCGGGGCCAACUUCACCGCCUACUUCACGCCGGGGUUCUGGGCGAGCCCGGCGCUCGCGGGGACCUUCCGGGGGCGCCGCGCGUGCUACUUCAACACGGGCGUCAUGGUGCUCGACCUGCCCCGGUGGCGGGCGUCCGGGUACACGGCGCGGAUCGAGGGGUGGAUGGAGCUGCAGCGGCGGGUGCGCAUCUACGAGCUCGGCUCGCUGCCGCCCUUCCUCCUCGUGUUCGCCGGCCGGAUCGCCGCCGUGGACCACCGCUGGAACCAGCACGGCCUCGGCGGCGACAACUACCGGGGCCUCUGCCGCGGCCUCCACGCCGGCCCCGUCUCCCUGCUGCACUGGAGCGGCAAGGGCAAGCCCUGGGACCGGCUCGACGCCGGCCGGCCCUGCCCGCUCGACGCCGUCUGGGCCAAGUACGACCUGCUCCGGCCCGACACCGGGAUCGACGCCGUCUUGUGAUGACCGAUGAUCGCGUUCUUUUUUGGUCGGUUUGGUUGGAUUAGGAGAUACUCACUAGAUGAUCAGCUCAGCUCCUUCUUUUGUUGAUUGUUGUUGUCAACUUUAAUUAAUUAGAGUGUUCGUGCAAGCUGCAAGUGUACAUAGUGUUUGGACGAACAAUUUUUAACAGAAAUGGACUAGUUAAUUACUUUC